AUGAGCCACCUCCGAAGCACAACUCCCUCCAGAGACACCAGCAACACCAGCGGCAACGAGAACAACCCCCUCCUCAGCUCCUCGGGCGGAUUGGUCAGUGAACUCGAGCAGGAAGUCCUCGAUGAAUAUGCCCGCUUACUCGAGAAUGUGAAUAAGCUAGGCGAUGCCCUCGCCAAUCUCGCCGAUAACCCCGCUUCGCUGACACUAGAUGGCCUGCGCCUCCUCGAACGCAAAACGGCGACUGUGUACACGCUGUUGAAAGCCAGUGUUUAUAGUAUUGUGUUGCAGCAGCAGAUUAUUAAUGAUGGUGAAGCCGGUACUGCUGCUGGAACAGAUGGAGGGUAUGGGUAUCAGCAUGACGAGUCGGGGAUGCAGGGAGGUGAUGGGGAUACGGUUAUGCGAUGA